AUGAAUGGAAUUUAUAGAGUCGUUUCGUCAUGGACAUCAGACUCGUCAUCUAGUAAUUCCUCAUUGGCAAAACUUAUAGAAGCAGUAAGACUUACCAUUCACAAAUAUACUGUCAAACAGCAACAGGACGAAUGGAUGGCUCAAGAAGCACGAUCACAACCACCAAGAGACAACAACCAGACAUUUACCGCACAACUCGAGCUAGGUUCAGUUUGUUUGACAAAAACAUCAUUGCGUGCACGAGAAGACGCGCCGCGACCAGUCAGAGGAAUUCACUUACGUUUAUCCUGUGAUUCGCCCCUUCGCCUGUGCAAUCAAAGACAAGUAGAUGAGUCGAAUGAAUCGGUUGUUAGCGCGCUUUCGUCGUUUCGGUUUAACACUGUACGCGUUACACAUAGUAUCUAA